AAAAAGUAUCAACGUAAUAAACUUUAUUCACACAAGCUCAGCAGAAGGCAACAUCAUUGCUUGUUUCCUCUGCAUUCGACAGCGCUGCUCCUAAAUUCACUUGCACCACACUGUAGACAGUUAAGGCAAAGGACUUGAAUCUUCGCGGGGCAAGUUCGGAAUGUCCGUGUCGAUCGGCGCCCUGCAAGGGUUGCGGAGCCGAUGGAGUGCGCUUUUGGCACUUCCGCUUAGAGCACCACUUCCACCAGGCGGUGGUGGAGGCUCAAAGAAGGGAAAGGAUAAAGGCCCGCGGGUGGUGGGCGAGCUGUCAUGCGAGGUGGCCACGGGGUGUGGGCUGCUGAAGAACGAGGCGGACCCGCCCAUCAAGCCGGACAGCGAGUACCCGGGCUGGCUGUUCAAGCUGUUGGAGCCCAGGCCCACCAUCAAGGAGCUGGAGAAGGCGUACACGGAGGGCGGCCUCACCAUCCCCGAGUUGCGGCGACUAUGGCGCCUGAAGAACAAGGCGCGCAUCAAGGAGUCCAACUUCCUCAAGGCCAAGUCCUAGAGCAGUUUUAUUUAGUGUAGUGAAUGUUGUUGCCAUUGGGGAGUGGACGCGCGCAGUCUUGUGUGAGUUGGGUGGAUGAGCAGAGCGGAAUGCAGUACGAUAAUGAAUUAAUGAGGAAGAGGAGCUGCUUUGGGGGUAGGGAGCGGCUCGUGGGAGGAGCGGAAUUUCGGGCGAGCAAGGGGUUAGGCAGGCAAGCAGGCAGGGUGGAGCAUCUCGCUGCAGAGAGCAGCUGCAAAGGAUAGCAGGGAGCGGGUCUGCAGGCCUGCAGCGGUGCGUGCAGCCUCUGGGACGGGAACAGGACUAGACGGCCGCGGUCCGCUGAGGCGGCUGCAGGGCAACAAUAACACGCAUGGUAGUGCCGCAUAAAGACAUCCCCAUAACGC